AUGACUAAGAAACUGAUCAAAAAGAGAGAAGAUCCUGGGGAAUUCACUAUUCCUUGCACCAUAGACAUACUCCAAUUCGCUAAAGCUUUAUGCGAUAUGGGAGCAAGCAUAAACUUAAUGCCCUAUGCGAUAUACAAACAACUUGGGUUAGGUGAAUCAAAAGCAACCACAAUGAGACUCCUGAUGGCAGACCGUUCAAUCAAACAUCCUGUGGUGAUACAUUAUGACAUCUUGGUAAAGGUCGAUCGGUUCAUUUUUCCGGCUGAUUUUGUGAAUUUAGAUAGUGAGAUAGAUGCCAAAAUUCCCAUUAUUUUGGGAAGGCCAUUCUUGGCAACCGGGAGAGCAUUGGUAGAUGUUGAAAGUGGAAAAUUGAAGUUUCGGGUGAACGAAGAUGAAGUAACCUUCAAUAUUUGUAAAUCCAUGAAACACCCAAGUGAUAUUCAUUUGGUGUCUACUGAUGAUGUUAUUGAUGAGGCGGUAGCUAGUGUAAACCAUUUGAUGUGCAUGAAUGAACCCCUUGAAGCUGCACUUGCUUAUUAUGAUGAAUCCGAAGUUCAGGGCUAUGAGAAAGUAGUAGCUGCCUUGUCAGGAUUAGGAAGGUAUUUGAAGUUUCCAAUCAAGUUGGAUAUUGACCUAAAAAAUAAAGUGAGUCUUCCCGCAAAGCCAUCAACAGAAGAACCACGUAAUCUAGAAUUAAAAGCUCUUCCCUCUCAUCUCCGACAUGCUUUCUUGGGGGAAAAUAACACUUUACCUGUGAUCAUUCCAGCUGACUUUCUUGAAUGGCAGGUGAAAUUGCUCCUUGAAGUGUUCCGAAAGCAUAUAAAAGCUAUAGGAUAUACCAUCGCUGAUAUAGUGGCAUUUCUCCCGCGGAGAUUGAAACCACCAAUGCAAGAAGUGGUAAAAAAGGAGAUCAUCAAGUGGUUGGACACAACUGUGAUUUACCCUAUUGCGGAUAGCAAAUGGGAAGGCAUAGUUCUCGGGCACAAGGUGUCACAAAAGGGAUUGGAAGUCGAUAAGGAAAAAAUUGAGGUGAUUGAGAAACUACCUCCGCCAAUUUCAUUGAAAGGUGUUCGCAGUUUCUUGGGACAUGCCGGUUUCUUCCGGAGGUUCAUCAAGGACUUCUCAAAGAUUGGACACCCCCUGUGCAAACUCUUGGAGAAGGAAAUGAAGUUCUAUUUUGAUGAAGCUUGUAUGUCAGCAUUUCAAUGCUUGAAAGAACAAUUGGUAUCCACCCCGGUCAUUAGCAACCCUGAUUGGCCCGAAUCUUUCGAAGUUAUGUGUGAUGCUAGUGGCAUGACAUUGGGGGUGGUAUUGGGGCAAACAUGCAACCAACUUUUUCACCCAAUUUAUUAUGCAAGCAAGACUCUAAAUAGUGCUCAAUGUAACUAUACCGUCACUGAACAAGAGUUGCUUGCAGUAGUCUAUGCAUUUGAGAAAUUCCGGGCAUACUUUUUAGGCACUAAAGUGGUUUUUCACACUGAUCUUGCUGCACUCCGUUACUUGAUGGCAAAUAAUGAUACAAAAUCAAGGUUGAUAAGGUGGGUGCUACUAUUACAAGAAUUUAACUAUGAGGUAAAUGAUAGAAAUGUUGCAAAAAAUCAGGUGGCUAACCACUUAUCAAGGUUGGAAGGCAAGGAGAAUGACGAGGCUGAGGUUGACAUAGAUGAUUCCUUCCCCAAUGAACAAGUGUUUGCAAUAUCCCUCAAACAAACUCCCUGGUAUGCAGAUUUCGCAAAUUACAUUGUGUGCGGACUAAUGCCGGAUGAGCUAAACUUCUACCAACAAAAGUGGUUCAUGUUCGACGUUAAAAAGUAUUUUUGGGAUGAACCAUACUUGUUUCGAGAGUGUGUAGAUCAUAUCAUUAGAAGGUGUGUUCCGGAAGAAGAAGCAAAAGGAAUUCUCCAUGCUUGUCAUGAGUCUCCAGUUGGAGGCCACCAAAGCAGUGUGCGCACAACCGCUAAAGUUCUUUAA